AUAGAUACGGCUUCGUCGAGACGCUUCGCGGUGGUCCACAGAGAGGACUGAAUGAUUCUCUCGAAUUAGGAUUGAACAAAAAAAAAAAAAAGAAAAGGACAAAAAGUGAAUAAAACUUCGUGUUAAAAAGAAUACGUCGAUUGUGACAGUGAACUUUUUCAUUUGCUUUUUUUCUCUUUUAAAUAAGGCAAUUAUUAUUUAUUCUUUACUCGUCGAUGGAAAUUAUUAAGUCGAUUAAAUUUUUCGAAAUUUUUCUUAAUCCAAUAACCGAAAAUGCAUCGAUGCGAGUCGUGGACCGGGGAUUAAAGUAUUAUUUUUUAAAUACAUCAUACAAGAGUUUUCUGUAAAAUACAUAUAUCGAAUGAAUAUUAAACGAGACGAUGUCGAAAAAAACGAGAAAAAUUUUCUGUUCGGUGAUUUUGAUCUUUGAGUUUAAAUAAUCGGGAAUGUUACACAAGAAAAUAGAAAACUAUUUCACUGGUCGAUCUAAUUUACUUCUGAAGUGUCGCGAAUAGUGAAAAUCGAUCGCAAUGACGUUCAAUGUGACAAAUGAAACAUUGAUUAAGUUCCCCGAUUAUGAUAUGAACGAGUCCUUCUAUAAAUUCAGAUGGAAGGAACUGGCUCCAGUUCUCGUUGUCUAUUCCUCGACCUUUUUUCUUGGAUUAAUAGGAAAUGUAGUCAUCAUUGCCUCGACGCUUUGUCCAAGAUUAAGACCAUUACCUGCAACCCCUACAAAUGUUUUUCUUGGUGGUUUAGCUACUGCUGAUCUUCUUUUGAUCAUCUUCUGUAUACCGGUGAAGAUCGCAAAGCUCUUCUCGUAUACAUGGACAAUGGGUCUCUUCCUAUGUAAAUCUGUGCAUUACAUGCAAAGCGUUUCGGCCAUCUGUUCCGUCGUUACACUAACAGCUAUGUCCAUCGAAAGGUAUUACGCCAUUGUUCAUCCAAUGAGAGCACAAUACACUUGUACGAUAAGCCAAGCAAGGAGAAUAGUAAUAAUCACUUGGGCUGCAUCUUUUCUUUUAGGUAUACCAAUGGUAUUUACACAGAGGCAUAAAGAAGUUGGAGAAAGGGUUAUAGCUUAUUGGUGUGUUCGUGAUCCUGAUGCAGCAUUUUUAUGGAAAGCACAUGAGGUUUAUAUGCUUGUACUCGUUCUUGUAUUACCGCUUACUGUAAUGGCCUUUUGUUAUACUGCAAUUUGCUGGGAAAUUUGGAGAGUUAUGAAACGUCGUUACCACAUGACGUCGAGACACGCACUCAGUCCGAACAAUGUAGAUGCAGAAUCUAUACCAAUGACACAGAGACAAAUUAGUAUGCGAAAUGGACGUCGGUCUCGUCGAGAGAAUGGUCAAACGGAAGAAGAAUCUCGAACUAUGAAACAGGUGGUAAAGAUGUUGGUAGCCGUUGUGGUUCUCUUCGCUAUUUGUUGGGGUCCCAUAUUAAUCGACAACGUGCUCACAGCUUACCGCAUCCUACCACGUCAGAGAAAGGGAAUUUAUAAGCACAUGAACACGGCUUUCCACUUAAUGGCUUAUUUCAACAGUUGCAUCAAUCCAAUCGUCUAUGGUUUUAUGUCGAAACAUUUCCGUGAAAGUUUCUUAUCGGCUGCCUGCGGAGGCUGGUGGAUUUGUUGUCCAAGAAGAGGCUACAGAACCCCGAUGAAAAGACACUCCAGUUUGAGUCAAACCAGAACGACCAGUGUCAGAACACAGCGCCGUUUAGAGCGAAUCUGUUGCUCGUGGAUACGGAAUUCCUUCAAAGACUCCAAGUCACGAAACUCGACCGACAUGCACCUUGUAGUCUGCCCAUGAAAAUGUUUGCAGCUCGGAAAAGCAUUCCUUCGGCAAAUGGUGUUAACUAGGAAGAUUUGAAAAUGCCGUCUUCGAUAUUGCGUUUCUGUAUGUUUGUCUAUCUCUUUCUCUCUCUCUCUGUCUCUCUCUCUCUCUCUUUUUUCUUUUUCUCUCUUUCUCUCUCUUUCGUUCUCUUUGUGUGUCUGUCUCUUCCUUUUUUUCUUCCUCUUUCUUUCUUUCUCUUUCUCUCUCUCUCUCUCUUUCUCUGUAAGACUAGAACAACGUGAAAGAAAACACGAUGUUAUCACGAUAAUGGUUAUUACAAUCAUUUCCAUAUACAUUACACAAACACGCAGAAAUACAUUUAUUCGGUAAAUAAUUUUCCAUUAUAAAAAUUAACCGAAGCUUUUAUCAAACGAUCAAAUAUGAUUGUAUUAUGGCGAAAAUAACGAGUUAUUUAAGUGUUGUUAUUUAUUUCAAACUUCUUUUUACAAAUUUUAUAUACAUACGUAGAGACGAUAUUGGGGAAAGUUAGAAGUUAGGAAGAAGGAAAGUUAAGAAGGUUGAGUGGUAUCUCUGUGAGUAGCAAGUAAUAAUAGUAAUAGUAAUAAUAAUAAUAAUAAUAAUAAUAAUAAUAAUAAUAACAAUAAUAACAAUAAUAGUAGUAAUAGUAAUAGUAAUAAUAAUAA